CGGCGCGUCGACGGGCGGUGUUCGCGGAGCACGAUCGCGGGCAAUCGCGGGUGACGGACGGUCGACGUAGAACGACAUACGGCGCGAUGAGUUUGACAGCGACUGCGGCGGCGAUCGACAACGAGUGACGCGCCUGCUCCUCCUCCUUCUCCACCUUCGAUCCUCCUCCUCCUCCUCCUUCUCCGCUCCCGUUGCAUCCAGGAUUGUCGCGAGCAAAAAAAAAUCGCGAGAGCGGCCGUUCGACAUGACAGAGAGAGGGAUAGAAUUGAGGAGAGUCCCGUGACGAAACAGGUCUCGCCAGGCGUCUAGGUGGUUAUUUAUUAUGGCAGAAUGGAUGCGCGUAAAUUGCUAUCGUUGCUGAUACUCCUCCUGGCAGGAUGGCAGGAAGUAGUGGCCAUGCCGAUGCGACACGUCGCUGUGGACGUGGGAAAGAGCCUGAAAUUGGCCUGUUCCGAGGAGAGUGCCCUUCCACAUAUUGAGGAAUCCAAUGUAAUGUGGAUAAGGGAGGGACGGGAGGAUGGACAGAUUGAGCGGUUGAAAGUCGAUCCGAAUGGCAUACUGGAGCUGUCAAAUGUCAGCGUGGACGACGCCGGCAAUUACUCGUGCACCUUGGACGACGAUCUCGACGCUGUGAAAGCUAGAAUCAGUGUGGAAGUCAAAACACCCCCUCCAGCCCUGCACAAUGUAUGGGUGAAGCCAUCCACGAUUUUGGCCAACAUUCUCUGGGAGGUGGCUGGUACCGGCGGGUAUCCUAUCAUAGACUUUACUGCCGAAUACCGUUUGAAACCAGUUGUGGGUGAAGAACCAGAAGAAUGGAAGCCGAUUAUUCCAACACACAUUCCUCCAAAUUCCAGACAGAUAGAUGUGUAUCAUUUGGUGCCAAACACUACAUACUCGUUCCGAGUGUGGGCAACCAAUCAGUUGGGAAAAGGAGAGAUCGUGGAGGUCGAGGGUCAUACGCAUUACAGUGUAGAAGAAUUGGAGCUCGCCCGACAUCUCUUAGCCGGCGUAGAGAAUUUCGAUACACGCGUCUGGGUGGCAGCCGUAGGUAUUGUGAUGGGCACACUUAUGAUUCUCGGUUUAGGUACAUGUUACCUACUCUAUCGCGAGUGCAAGGCACCCUCGCAGCUGGAGGAGCAGGAAGUGAUUGAGCUCGUUCCGAACAUCAUUCUGAAUCCGGGAUUUUUCGACGAGCGCACCGAGCACGUACCGCAGGACGAAAACUUCAACAAUCAGACGACUACGCGCCUCAACAACAACAGCGUCGUGCAACCUAGACGGCUUUAGCGUUUUUUGUUUAGCUUAGACAUUUUGCUCCGCUCCAAAGUGAGUAAAUUGGACGCAGUUUUCCACGUCAUCUCGAACGUAAGUAACCGAAUUUAUCGGAAAGGCCUCGAGUUUGUCUAAAAAAAAAAAAGUGAAAAGCAAUGAUCGACUUUGUCGAUAGACUGUUAAAUGCAAGACUCUUAACGAUCAUGGCGAAAAGAGAAUAGCGUUUCAGGGAAAUUUCGAAACGCUUUCGAGUUACCGAACCGUCGACAGCUCGGAGUAUUUCGCUAGUUUCCUCGAGACUUCUCUUGCAAUCGGAGAUCGAAAGAAAGAGAGAGAGAGAGAACCGGCUUCUAUUCUAAAAUUUUCGUAGAGUCCAUGUCUCUUUAAUGUGAUUUUAAGAAUUCCCGUGGGAGAUUUGUAGAAAAUUGCUCCAUUAUUCUUGGAAGAUUUACAAGGAAUUUCAAGGAUAAGGCAUAAGUAGAUUUUUAUAUGUGCAGUAAUAUAGAGAAGAAGGUAAUUUAGAUAGAUUAAAGCUCAUUUUUGAAAAAUGCGGGAGAUCUUCCCUUGUCAAAAUAUUAUAAUAUUAAACGUAAUAAUAUUAAAUCAUGAUUUCAAACUUAUAAAAACAAACGAGACUGUCGAAGCGGAAGGAAUUGAAAAAAAAAAAGAAAAUUAGGUUCUCGUUCUCGUUCGAUCUCCGAUGUUACAACGCAACAAUGAAGUGUUCAAAACCAGAAUGUAAGACUUCACGUCAGAUUUCUUCGCGCGAGAGGAGGUAGUAGAUUUUUUAGAGAUGUUUACUGCAAGACGUUCUCUGUCUCCCUCGCGUAUAGUUUCUUAAUGAGACACACUCACAAAUGAUUGCUCAGUGAUCGAGCUUAAGAGGAAGUGGAACUUCUGUGAGCCAAAAGAAAUGUAGUAAGACUGUAACUCUAAGAGUAUAAUCUAAAAGAACUCUCGAAGUGAAUCACAUGUGAUGAUCGGACGAUAUUUAAAAGAAAAAGCAUAUGCAUUUUGCGCUUGUUUACCUUUUUGGGAAAUAUAACGCAAUGUGCUCAAAUAGCAUGCGAAUAUUGAGAUUUUUUUAACAUGCUCAUUUACCAUUUAAGCAUAUCGGAUCGUACGUAUAUAUAUAUACAUAUAUACAGUAUGACGAAUUUACUGCCGUUUUAAGGUGUGCACAAGUCGUUGAAAGAUCCUUCCUAGGAAUCUCUGCGAGAGUCUCUUUCCGUUCUGUUAUAGAUUUAUAUAUAGAUACUUUCACUUCUUGCAUUUCUGUAGUUAUAUUACUGUUCGUUAUGUGCUCUUUGUGCGAAAAAUCCCGUGAAUUCGAAAAAAUUUUCUAAGACGAGAGAAGAAUAUUUAAUUUCUAAUAGUUAGUGUAUGAGCUAUUGUUUUUACGUUAGAAUUUGCCCGUAAUACUUUUCACCAUAAUCCGCAUGCGAUCGUUUGAGGGAUGCGCAAUAUCGCUUCGGCACACAUCUGCACUAUCUUAUAAUAACCAUCACAACUACGUCUGUGACUCACCUACUCACACGUUGUUUCGUAAAUAAAAAAAAAAUCAAAUUUUCCCAAACAGCGACUAAUAAGGAAGGGGGGAAAAAAAGAAACGAACAGAUAACUCUGCAAAGCACAAGUAUCAGGUAUAAUGAACCGUAAUGAGAAGAGAUGCAUGGCGUUCCACUUCGGUGGCACCGUUUUUUCCGACGAUAUUCGAUCGAUGUGUUUUCUAGUUGAGAAAGAAGUCCGCUUGUACCUUUCAUUAGCAGUGUCGGAAAAUGAGACGGUGGAGAAGUGGAUCGCCCUGAUACAGCAGCCUAUAAGCGCCCGCGAGGAGUAACGUGCAUUUUCUUUGCAUCGCGUGCAAUAAUAAGAUUUCAAUAAUCACUAGCACUUAAUUAUACAUUUAACGUUUAAAUAAGAUGAGAUAAAACACAUUACUUAUUUUGAAUAACGCUAUCGUACUAGACAUGAAUGAAUCUCUACUCCAAUUGAGCGACUGGACAGUCUGCAACACUGCGUCGGGACUACGUGUCUCGCGUGUAUGCACGAGAUUUCAAUGUUAAUGCUCGAUGUGGCAGUUGACGGAUGAAUGUGAUUUGAUUUCUGCUAAUGAAAACGAAUGUUUGAUGUAGAAGCAGCAGUCGAUGAAUACGUUGUUUCUGUAUGUCCGUUAUACUUUUCCCCCGUUGCUUUGAUUUAUCUGCACAGAUUGUUUGUUAAAAGAAACGCAGCACUUUGUUUCCUGAGAUGUUAGUUGAACGCUAAUUUGUAUAUCGUUAGCUUUUUCCUAGAUAUGUUGAAUUCUCGUAAUUUGUAUAUAAUUUGUAAAAUUACUAUAAAUAAUAAUUUGACAUUCCUGUUCUUUGUAUCAGUGAGAGACAGUUUGAUUAAUUGAAAUUAUUAAAUCCACUCAGAGAAUAGUGGCACACAUGUACACACAAAUAAGUUUCAAGUCAACUGUAAAGUGACGAGAUACUUUGAUGCACGCAGGUUGUAUAAAAAUUGGUUGUGCGUUGUUACAUUGAGGCUUUGGAUUUGCUUCUCCUUUUAACACACAUUCUUGAAUACACAUGCAUGUGUGUGAAAGAAUGGUGAUAUGAGAGUAAGCGAAUCGACAUUCAGCUUCGUACUAUGCACUCUGUGUUGUGAAUGGUAUAGAUAUAUAUACAUAUAAGAAAAUAAUACAAUAAUAAUUAUAAUAAUGAUAUGAAGAUAUGUGUAUAUGUAUACACACACACAUAUAUAUAUAUAUAUACAUAUAUAAUAUAUUUAUAUAACCGAGACAUCAUGCUAUUUUAGGUAUAAGUAAAGACAAUUUUUUAUAUACAUUACGAUAAUGCUGAAACCUGAUGAUAAUAUUUAUCUAUAUGUCGAUAUAUAUACAUAUAUAUGUAUAUAUAAAAAAUAUAUAGACUUUAUAUUAUAACGCGAUACUACGUCUGGCUUUGCUAAUCGACGAAUCUCGCUCACGAAAGUUACUUAUGUAGUGCAUCCCUCCUUAAUUUUUCAUAGAAGAGUCGUAUUAUUUUUGUCUAGGACAUAAAAAAUGCAAACCGCAUAUAUAACAAUAAUAUAUGUGUUUUAAACCAAAAAUUAUGAUGAUUUGGAUUUUUAACACGAUUAUAGAUCUGAGUUUUUAUUAUAUAUAAUAAUGAUUAUUUAUGACUAAUUAUAAAAUUGUCAUCUGUAAUUAUAUAGUUGAUUAUGAUUAAUUUCUUUUACGAUUUACAAAGUAUUGUGAAUGAAGCUACUUGAUUCUUUAACUAAUACGACUCUUCAGAUGUCCGACAUUAGAAAUUUUAGAUGUAACCCUUUGCUUUUUAUUAAAUGUAAUAUUAAACAUUCCUAAUGCCUAUAGCAAGAACUACUAAGGAGAGUCGUUUUGUCUCGGAGACAAAACGGCGCAGUAGUGUAAUCCAACACAAAUUAUUCUUAUAACUACUACUAAGCUGAUAAAGAUUGCGGUAAAAAACGUCGUGCGUCAUGGAAUUUCUGCCAUUGUACUGUGUGGGGGGAAUAGCAUAUCUACACACAUAGAAAACGUAUUCGUGUAAUGGAGAUUAUUUUUUUUAUAUGGAAAACGCGUCCGUUACUAAUUCUUAUCACUAUAGCAAGCGAGAAAUGACAUUCUGAUGAAUGAAGAAUUAACACGUGCACCAAUCGCGCUUUAUAUAUAUUUAUAUAGUAAAUAUAUUUUCUAUUCCUUUCUACAGUUUAGGAUUGUAUAAGAAAAUCGCCGAUGAUAGAUGAACGCGAGCAAAAAAAAUGAACUGGGUCAUGAAUCGUAGAUGUAGAGGGAAAUACUUGAUAAAAUGAUGAGAUUAUAUAAUUGCAAGUGUAAACAUAUACCUACAGUAAUAAUGGCAGAUAUUUUAUAUUCAUAUCAUAAACACGGUAAUAAUCUAUGUGCUGUUGUAGUCAUUCCUGUAGAUGCAAUUCUCAAUAUAUUUGUAAUUAUUAAGAUGAGACAUUGAAAGAACGCAAUCCUGAGAGAAUAACUUCUUACGAUCUUCAGCUUUACUUUCAAUUAUUAAUUCUUUUGUGUAGUAUCUUUAAUUUAUAUAACUAUCAUUAAACUUGGUAAAGAAAACAUUCUUUUGAUAUCAUACAAGACUCUGAAAACGAAUAUUUCUUUUCAAAAAGUACUAAAAAUUUUUCUAACGUUGGGAAAAAAUCAAUUUGUGAGAUCUUUUUCUAGAUUUUUUUUUUUUUUUUAAGCAAUGUGAUUUCUUUCAUUGAUGUCUCAUCUUAAAUUUGUUUCUUUUUUUUCCUCUUUCUGUUACAUCAACGCAUUUUCAUCCUCUUCCGCGAAUAGUUCUCCCCGCUUCUCUAGAAAUUCGUUUUUUAUCAGUUAAUCUGCGUACUAUCGUUGCAUCGCUUAUAUAACAGCACCGCCGCGUUAGAUGUACGCGUGCACGAUCAAUCGUUCUCCUAUAUGCAUAAUUGCCCUCGGUAUACCUCGAUGAUUAGUGCACUCUUUGAUGAAAAACGUAUAUAUUAAGCGAAGCACAAUGCCAAUAGAAUAGUAUGUUUAUGGUUGCUAGUGCCACCAUGUAUCGUCCCCAACAUACAUAUUUGCCUGCCUAAUUACAUCCCGACGUGCGAUGAACAUACGCGUGUGGUUUCUACAAGAAAAAAAAAGAGAAAAAAAAACGCUACGGCUUCUUCCAUGAUAUGACAGAAUGUACCGAUAGUUUCAUAGUAUAUAAUUAAUGUCGGAUACUGAGUGUUUUCCUACUGUACAACUAGCGAACCUUCUUUGUUUCUUUUCGUGAAAAUUAUCACUUGCCGCAUAUCGUCGGCACGAUACCAUUUGUUAAGACCCUUUAAACGUUAUAUUUAUGAAGACAACUGCGAAGAAGGGAAAGAUGUGUUACAGCAAAUAAUAUCGCAAAUUAUUUAUGUCGUGAAUGUGUAAUUCGAUUCGAUUGGCAAUAAUUUGUUAUGAUUAGUGUAUAACAAACUGUAUUCGGGAUCGGAUUUUAGUAUACAUUCCGCAAUGUAGGGAAAAAAUUGUAGUUAUAAUUAUGUAUUAUAAUAUUAAUUCUGAUUAAUUCUAAUUGAUUCUGUAAAUAUAAUUUUUUAAAACUGUAGUUCUAUUUGCAACAUUAAAUUUAUAAUUUUUUAAUUAUAAAUUUAAUUAUUUAUAGUUAUAUGUAAUUAAUUUAUGAUUUUAACUAGUCAGCUUUUAAGUUUGUAACCAUUUAUCUUCUUUUUAAAAUUCUGUUACUUUUUAUUUCCUUUUAUCCUCUGUAAAAAAAAAACCUUUUGUAAAUUAAAACAGAAGCCAUUAGAAAGCCUAUGUAUUUUGUAAAUUCUUCGCUUUCUUGUUUUGUUGCAUGUCUGUUGGAUUUAAGAUUUUUUUUUUAAUCUGUGAUGUAGGCAGUGAAGAAAAAUCCGAUCCUGAAUGUAUCACAGUGUACUCUUUCAUAGUAUUUAGAUAAUAUCUUAUAGAAUUUUAUUUUAGUACGGCGCUGUGAGAUGGAGAAUAGGGGCUAUAAACGACCAAAAAAAUAGUUUAGCUUUAAUAAGUAUACUUCUAUUGUUACCAGUACUUGUUGUUUUUGUUUACUAGAUCUUUUAUCGUUUUUCUCGCGUAUACACUCUGUUGCGUUUAUGUAUAACUUAUUGUUUUCCUUCUUUUUGAAUUGACCUGUAUUAUGUAUUAUAUAUUAUUUUACUGUCAAUAAAUCUCAGUCAAAUAGUA